AUGGGAGACCUGUUACCCAACCGGAAAUAUUUGGAUGGCGGCGUCUUCGUUAAUUGUUCGAAAAGUCCCUUGUUCUUUUUGGUUUUUUUACAUUCUGUUUUCUUUCUUCCUCUCUUUUUUUUAUUUUCUCUUUCAUUCCCGACUCUUUUUGCAUUUUUCGUUACUUUCUUCUCUCCUCUUUCUUUUUUCCUCUCUAUCCUUUUCCAUUUUGUACUCUUGUUUUCCAUUUUCUUCCUUUUUUUACUCUUCCUCUCUUUUCGUCUUCUCUUCCAUUUUUUUAUAUUAUUCUCCAUUCCUCUCUUUUCGCAUAUCUCUCGCUAUUUUUUUUAUAAGGUUUUGAUUCUUUCUUCUUUCCUUUCUCAUUCUCUCAUGUUUUCUUCAAGUUAUUUUUUUUUUAUUCUUCUUGGUUUAUUUUUCUUUCAUCUUUCUCGUUUCAUUUCUACUUCUUUGUUCGCUUUCCAUGUAUUUCUGUUUUUUGAUUUUGCCUCCAACUUUCUUGUCUUUCUGUUCCCCUCUCUUGCGUUUCCUUUCUCGUAUUCAUUUUUCUCUCUUGCUGACUAUUUUUCUGUAUACGUUGUUUUCUUUCUCGUUUUGUAUCCUUUGUUUUGGCAUUCUGAUAUUUCUCUCUCUCUCUCUCUCUCUCUCUCUCUCCUUCCCUCUCUUUACUCUAUUUAUCUCCAUCCCCCACCUUUCUCAGCAAUUUCGAAAUUUGGGCACUAUCUCUACCAGUCAUUUUUUCCUUUUUUUGUAUCUUCUUAUUUCAUUCACGCUUUAGUUUCAUUCCAAUUCAGCUUCCUUUGUAUUACGAGGAAUUAA